AUGACUGUGAAGACCCAGGGUGAAGGAAGAAAGGAGGGUGAGGGUGAACGCUCUUCCCCGAACGGACCCAAACCAUCCACUUACAAUGGACAACCGCAAUCGCGACCGCGUCAACAACGGCGGGAAAGACCGUCACAACCUUACUCACGUGGGAAGCAAGGGAGAGCCGAAAAGUCUUCAGGGAAUCCUUUUCCUCAGGACCUGUCUUGGAGGCAUGGAAGCCAACCCAUCACGUAUUCCUCUGGAGACUCUGCCCUACUUUCGCAGGAACCACAACGAUCCUAUGGUGGACCCCAGACUUCCUUUAUGAGCGACCCAUGGGCCAAUCUCCAGACCCAUCCCAUGAUGUACGCAUAUGAGGUCAACUUUGGACCCCAUGACCAGUCACAGCAACAGUUCCAGCAACCGGUUCAACAACGACAACAGUAUGAGUCGCAGCCUCAGCAGCAGCAUGGAGGUCACCAAAGAGAGUCGAAAUCCCAGUCCGGAUACCAACCCCAGCCACAGCGUCUGGAUCAUCCGGGACAACCGAUGGUCGAGAUGAAUCGAGCUUAUUCUUUUUCCUACGAGGCUCCGGACCAUGACAGAGAGGAGAAAUCGGAUUCAGAUGGGAACGUGAACGGAAGAUACUCCUUUGUGGCCCCAGAUGGAGUGAGAAGAGAAGUGAAAUACCAAGCAGGAGCGGGAAAAGGGUUCCUUGCUCAAGGCGACCACAUCCCUCAAAUGCUCGCCUCUAUGGGUAUCCAACCCCUGAACCCCUUUAUGAUGUUUCAGCCCGAGCAAGGACAAGGAGCCUGGCCCCCACAUCCCCAGCAGUGGCCGAAAACACAACAAUUCUAUCCUCAACCGCGACCCACCGUACAGCAACCGUACUCCAAAUCGUGGCCCACCGUGCAGCAACCCUAUCCCCAACAGCAAUCCAUCUCGCAGCAACCGUAUCCCCAACCACUUCCCACCGUGCAGCAAUCUCGUCCCCAAAAGCUAUCAGCCGUUCAUAAGCCUUAUCCUCAGGAACGUCCUGGAGCCAAACCGCAAGCAUCUUACCCCCAAGAACCGAACAGGUAUUUCCAAUUGAACCGAGACAUGAGCUACCGAUUCGGAUACGACACGGGGGAGGGUCAUCGUCGCCAGGAGGAGAGAUCGGGAGAUGGGAAAGUGACCGGUAGUUUCUCUUAUCCCUUGCCCGACGGGAGCCAAAGAAAGUACGACUACGUGGCGACCGAAGACGGGGGUUUCAUGAUCGUCAAUGCCGAGGGGGAUCCUUAUUUCCCCCUCAUGAUGCUUGCAGGCGACUGA